AUGCUACAUCCGAAAUUCCUGGCAGUCUAUAUGGGCCUUCUUGGCGCUGUCACGGACGCGGCAGUAAUGUCGAAUCCGGAGUCUUCUGCGUACGUUGUCUCUGCAUUCGCUAGUGGCGACUGGGGCACAACUACAUAUCAAGGGUCGUGCUGCUCUCGCUCAUCUACUUUUAACAAUUUCAACGUGACUGCCGAGAGUGUUGUUGCAAGCUUAAUGAACAUUGAGGCGGGUAAAACUUCCGUGCCGCCGAAGGUCAUCAUGGAACAUGGUGAUAGCUUUUACUGGACAGGUAUCAACAGUCUCAAAGAACGUGACUCGCGCUUCGCGACAACGUUUGAGGAAAAAUUUAACGACGAUAUAUAUUAUAAAUACUACUUGGGUGAACGUUUGUGGCAAUCACGACGGUGGCGGUGCUAG